CAGAUCGUCCAAGAAAGAGACCCUUCAGAGACCCCCUUCCUCAGUCCGGAGAUGUUGCUUAUGCUGCACUCCAAAGCCAACUGGAACGGUUACUGCUUAUCUUACCUGCUGACCGACCGGGAUUACAGUGGCGUCCUUGGCGUUGCUUUCAAUGGGCAACCAGACGACUUCGGAGGGAUUUGCUCAAAAUAUCAGCAUUUCCAGGAGAAAGAAGCCUCCCUGAACACGGGGCUGAUCACGCUGCAGAAGUAUGGCCAGCUGCUCCCUCCGCGCAUGAUCCACAUCACCCUGGCACAUGAAUUCGGCCACAGCCUGGGCGCGCCCCACGACCAGAGCAAAGAAUGUUCCCGGUUUGAUUUCAACACCAGCCGGGGGAAAUUCCUGAUGUUCAAUUACGCCACAGACGGGACCGAAUUCAAUAACGAUAAAUUCUCUCCGUGUAGCAUCGCCUACAUUUCAAAUGUUCUGGAGCGCAAGAAGGAUCGUUGUUUCGCAGAAUCUGACCGUCCCAUCUGUGGGAACCAGAUUGUGGAUCCAGGAGAAGAAUGCGACGUUGGGAGCGACAAUGAGGACGCCUGCUGCUAUGGUGCUGGAGAGCCGAGGGGAAUCCAGUGCCGGUUGAAACCAGGAGCAGAGUGCAG